AUGGGUGGCAAAGGAUCCAAAAAAGGAGUACCAAAGGAGCUCACACCUAAACAAAUUGCAAUGCUUAAAGCGACUACUCAAUACAAUGAGAAAGAAAUUCGAGAGUGGCACGCUAAUUUUCUUCGUGAAUCUCCAACAGGAAAACUCAACAAAAAACAAUUCGUUGAAGCAUAUAAAAAGUUUUAUUCAGGCGGCAAAGCAGAUAGUUACUGCCAGCUUGCCUUCUCCAUGUUUGAUGCUAAUCACGAUGGAGUGAUUGAUUUUAAUGAAUAUCUUCUUGCUGUUGCUGCUACAUCUCAAGGUGAUUUAGAUGAUCGACUCGAAGUUGCAUUCGAUAUUUGCGAUACUUCAGAUGAUGGACAAAUUGAUCGAAAAGAAUUGGCUGUGAUGAUUUCCGCUGCAUAUGAUCUACGAGGUGAAACUGAUCGAAAAGGAGAUAAUGAUCCUAAGAAGCGUGCUGCCGAAAUCAUUAGCAGAAUUGAUGUUGGUGGAGAUAAAAAACUAAACAAAUAUGAGUUCAUAGCUGGAUGCAAAAACGAUCCAGUUCUUCGUCGUUUAUUGGCACCCAAUACUUAA